UAUGAACACAUCCUCAAGCUUGGUCAUGAGCGCCCCGAUGCCAUAUUACUCCACCUUGGCUGUUGUUUCGGUGUUGAUGCCAGAAAGGCUGCGGCGGAUGGUUUUCCUGUGAGAAAUAUCCUUGCUUCAGAUAUAAGCAAUGGUAAUUCAUUUCGUCUGUGA